AUACCCUUCUGCUCAACAAAAUUGUGCCAUUCUGUGCCUAAAUUAGAUCAAAAGUGGCCACUUCCCUGUGAAGUUGAGACCUGAAAAUGCCUCUAUUCAUGAUUGAAAACCUGUUGGUUUGACGUUUGACGAACCACUUUCAUCCUGUAGUGCUGCUUUUUGCAGUUGGAAGCUAAAUUGCUAUUGAAAUGGCUGGCAUUGAUGUGGAGGGUACAUGUUCAUAUUACAUAACCAAGGGGGCGAGUAGAGGAGACGUCCCUCUGGACGAAGGUGCGGAAUGGGAGUGGCUACCCGCCCAGCUCUGUGCUGACCUGACCCUUCUUAUCCUGGAAGGAAGGCAGGCAGAAUGGUCAGCUAAGGGAAGGACCGAAGGUGACCACUGCCCACCUGCCCAUGGGACUUCCAUGCAUCAGUGUCGACUUAACAAGGAAACGUGUGCUCAGAUUGCAUCCGUCACUGACUAUAUCAAUUUCUUGUGUCGCAAUGAUAUUCCCGUCUCCGUUGAGGCCCUGCUCUAUCCGGACUGUUGCUAUGGUAACCAGAACCGCAUCGAGGUGGGGGCGUCGGCAGAAGGGGGCAAGGAACAGGUUCCAGGACUACAGGAGUAUAUGGUCCUGGAACAGUGGAUUAUCCAGAUCCUACCUAAGAGAUUCCCCGAUGGCUACAGCCAUUUCCAUGUGUUAAUGCAAGCUGUGAGAUCUUUUCUUCACUUUUCUCAGCUCGGUGCUUGGCUGAGUAGCACUCACGGGAGAGCGCCUGCAAAUAUAGUGUACAGAGUUUGUGCACAUGGGGAGUCAUUUGCUGAGAACACCAAGGUUCAGCCCGAGCUUCACACCUUCCCUUUCCUAAACAUCUCAAAGUCAAGCAGUCUCCAAGUGAGCGUGGCGUCGUUACCACGGCAACAUGCCAUCCCUCAACCUGCCUGCUUUAAUCUGAUCCACAACAAAAGGAACAACAGGAAGACAAAGACUUUUAAUGAAUGUGAGACAAGUCACAGACAGAGGAGUUGUGAGGAAUAUGGCAGUCAAAAGCAAUUUUGUCGCACAGAUCCUAGUUAUCACACGCGGGGCAGACAUGAUCCCACGUGCGGUGUGCGGGAGAAUACCGAGCCAUGCGAUAGGCAUAGAAGACAUAGCCGAGAGUUUCAGGGUGAGAGUGAAAAGCCUAGCAUGCACAGACAAUUUCCCGGUGUCGGUGAGAGCGGUUCGAGGAGAGGAUCGCUGGAGCAGGAGUGGGGGUUUGAAGCAAUACAGCAGAAGAAAGCGCAAAUGAGGAACAGCAAUAAGUUGAGAGACAGUCCCAAAUUGAUCAGGACUUUUCCUAGCGCUUACAGGACCGAGUACAGCCAACCACCAGGUGAGGCUGAGAAGGUGCAAGAGAGCAUAGAAGAUAUCUUCACUCCUCUCACGUCGUUGUUGGAUGUUCAGAAUCUGAAUACAAUUGACAGAAUUCAUGAUAUAGUGUGUGAAAAUGUGAAGGAUACAGAGGAUAUGAAAUACCAUGAGAAACUGGUAGAACUAGAGGAAGGCUUGUCAUCACUGAAAUUACAUCAUAUACCAGCUACACCUUGCAAUGUGUAUUACACUCCAGAAAUAGAUAGCACUGAAUCACGAAGCACUUCUAUAUGUUCAACGGAUAGUGAUCAAGGAAUCCUCUUCACUGCCGGGACUUUGUCCGACGUCUCUGGUGUCUUUACUUCAGAGUGGGAGGAGAAUGAAAUCCUCCAAUCUAAAAGGGAGAAGCAAUAUUCAGAUGAUCAUAGUGUCUGUGAAGAGGAUAGUCUGAAGUGUGAAUCGGAGGGAUUGAGCGAUGUGUAUGAAUAUGCAAAGACACAAGACCAAGACUUCUGUAGUUUUGAUUCAAGACUUCAUCAUCACUCUCCUCUAGAGAGAUGUAUACAUUUGACGUCGUCGAAUACUAGCCUAGAUUCAUGUACAUAUUCACAACUACAUGGGUCGUCGAACUCACUGGUCAACCUCGGCCAUGAUGUAUGUCACCAGCCCAACGCUGCUCUGUGCUUUAUACCCAGCGAUGGUGCCAGAGUGUCAGCAGAAGAGUGCGCGGCACGGAGGCGACACGUGAGCGGGAAUUCACAGGACGGUCUAGAGUCGGGCAAGAGUGCCAGCUGCGAGACCCUGACAAACCAAAGUGCAAUACAGAGCGACGGCAGCGAAAGUCAGUGCUUCAAUGCCGCCAUCUUUAAGAAGAACAAAGCCCUCCAGGACUCCAGCUCCAUCAAGUCUUCCCCUUCCUCAUCACCCAUAGCCUCACCCAGGAGGGGCAUGAAACCAAGAGGGUGUGGCGCAGGGUGGGGCGAGGAUUUCAAGCCAGAUAUACCCGCUCCGUUCAGCAGUAACGGGGCUGUGCCUCAAUUGAAGGAUGAGAAGGAGAACUCUGAGAGCGCCUUUCAGUUUCCCCCACCAGGCAAGGGCAAGUCUCUACUCAGGAAUGUACUCAGCAAAUCUCACCAAGUUGAAGAGGCUCAAACCGAGAUAGGCCGAGCUGUUCCCAAGGAAUCCAGUGCUAAGGCCAGUAUGAGAAGAUCUUUAGACGAUUCCAGCUCCUAUGUGUUCCAUCCAAGAACUGGUCUCCCUAUCAAUUCCAGUCCAGCACCACUAAGAAAAGCCAAGACAACAAACGACUGCCCUUCACUACUUAAACCAAUAGGUCUAACCAGCUCUCCAUCGUGCAAUAAUCUGGAGAAACCCAGCUCUUUGCUCCUAGGUCAUCCAAUGCGAAUGCUCAGUACGAGUGCUCCUGCUACUAGCUGCCUUCUAGGAAACUUUGAGGAGUCUGUACUAAACGGCAGGUUGGAGCCGUUGGGUACUAUAGAUGGCUUCACUGCAGAGAUUGGUGCUAGCGGUGCCUUCUGUCCAAAACACAUAUGUCUACCUGUAACAACUUUCUUCUAUAGUGUGUGUGAUGAUGAUGCCCCUUCUUCAUACUUUGGUCACAUCAACCUUGAGGGUCUAAGCAAGAGGGGAUAUCAAGUGCCUAAUAGCGGCACAAUACAAGUGACUCUGUUCAAUCCAAACAAGACUGUGGUGAAGAUGUUUGUGGUUCGUUACGAUCUGAGCGACAUGCCACCCAACUGCCAGACCUUUGCUCGCCAAAGAAUUUUCUACAUGCCCAGCGACGUAGAUAUCAACGAUGACUGCGACAAGGACCUUCGCUACCUCAUGCAUAUCAGAUUUCUGACAUCCAAGUCGGGCAAAGUGUACCUCCAUACAGACAUCCGUAUGAUCUUCGCCAGGCACACCCCAGAUCUAGAGUCCAGCUUUGGCACUUUUGAGUUGCGUUCCUUCACCGAAGUCCCCACCAACCCAAGAUUCUCACCAAAGAAAUGACCCCUCCCCAUUCUUUAUCAAGUCUUUAGAGACAACUAGAUAGGUGGAACCAAUGGAGUCGGCAGUGUGAGUCUCCUCUACACGUGUAUGAGGAUAUGUUUUAUUUUUAAUUGAGAAGUCAUAGUCCUUCAAGGACUCAUUAUUAUUUAGCAGGUGUUUGUUUGGUAGAAAUCCCCAAAUGCAAGUUUGCAAAUUAUUUGUUAAUGUGCUUAGCUUUGUCUUCUUCUCGAGUCACUACACAAGCAGAAUCUGAUCUUAAAGUUAAACCACCCCCCCCCCCUUCAGUUCAAGGGCACUAUCAAUAUUAUAUUGUUAUACCAUUUUGUGGAACAGAAAUAGUGCUCAAAAGCUCAAAUACAUUUUUACCAAAGAUGCUAAAUUUAGAGUCUGAGAACUAAACAUACAAAGCAAAGGUGCAGUUACUGUUACAACAGGGUUAUAAGUAUUAUGCCAUCCUAACAAAGCUGUUUGUCUAUGUCAUUGGUUAAUUUCAUUACCAAUUACAUAUUGGCCAUACCAUUUACUUGUAAAUCUUAUAGCAAAAAUUUCAAACAUCUGACAACUUAUUUUAUCACCAUAGAAUCUUUUUAAUAGAUAUCGAACCUUUUUCCAAAAGAAUCGAUGCAUUCUUUCAUUCAGCUGAAAAUCACCAGAUAUGCUUUUAUUUGCUGCCACAUGAUUUUUUAUUAACUAGAAAUUUAAAAAAAUGCAAUUAAGCUUUCACUGUCCACCCACUGUACUUUCAGUUAGAGAGACUUCACUGUUUUUUGGUUAAUUGAGAAUUAAUAAGUUGCAUCUAUUUUUCUUUUUUCUUUAAAGAAAGAACUUCACUGUUAUUUCAGUGAUUUUCUCUUUAAGUUGAUGAGUUUAAGAUAACAUUUCAAACAGAGUUUAAAUAUCAAGGAACACAGCGUGGGAUUUGCUAAUACAUAUACAUCCAUCACAUUUGGCAUGAGGUCUAUUAUUGCCAUGCUUGUUUAUUUUUCUCAAUAUUUAUUGAUAUUUAUGAUCAUCAAUCAAGGAACAAAAUUAUAGAUCUUGCAAAAGAAUAAUAUAUACAUUACACAUGUUCGUAAGGUGCGGGAUAUCGUAUUAAUUUUACUAUUUUCAAUUUUUAUUUUCCCCUUUAGACAUAUUCUAACUUUCAGCAGUAUAUUUUCUCUUUUUUUUACCUGAUUGAGGAAGGACUCUUGUUUUGUUAACUCUUUAAAAAUAGCAUGUUUCUGGGCAUUUCCUUUAUAUCUGUUUAAGUAAAAAUUGAAUGUAUACUAAUUAUAGGUUUACUAUGUUUGUUCUCUCUCUCUUUCUCUUUUUCUCUCUAGACUAAAAUAAAAUUUGUGAAAUGUGCAAUUUACUUGAUGUCAUAAUUUGAGUUCAAAUUUGGGGAACUUUAUUGAAAUUGUUUUUAAAAAGAUUUGGUAAAGGUUUUGCUUGGAUAUUUUUAUUUAGUUAUGUUCAUGUAGUGAUUAAAAUUUACUAACUACCGGUAACCCUAUUUUUAUACAAGAGUUUAGUUGAUUAUUUUAGUUUAUUGCUUUUAAUUACUUUUUUAUGGCAUAUAUAGUUCAAUAUAUUUUCAAUAGGAUAUGAAUAAUAUACAGCUAAUGAAAUGCUUAUUUUUAAAAAUAUAUAUAUUUUAUUUAUUUUUUGCUCAUAGAUUAACAAAGAUAUAUGUAUGAAUUUCAAGAACACUUCAAAUGCAGCUCAUUCUGAUAAAUCUACUAUUAGUUUUAGUUUCAUUUCAUGUAAUAGGAAUAGUUCACAAGACAAUGUUUUCUGAGUGGAUAUAAAAUGAAUUCAUGUUAAGCCCACUGCACACUAAACGAUCUGACUAUGAUCCGACUUAGGAAGAAUAGUAUAGUGGGGUGUGGGCUUUGGUGUUUUCACUUUAAUUGGGGGGAGAGAUACAAGAAGGCAUUUAUAUUUAUUUCUUUCAAUUGCAUCACAAAUUUCACAAAUUUAGAUUGUAUGUAAUACAUUCUCAUUCAAUAAUUUUUCAAUUCAUCCAUGCAUGAUAUACAUGUUAUUCCAUUGAAAAUUCUUUUUUUUCUUUGUCAUAUGAUUAUGAACCACCAUAUGAUAUCGUACACAUGUAAUAUUUGCAUGCAUACCGUGAAUGGUACAGAAUUUUGAGAGAAGUAAGGAUGGCAUAUUUGUACAAUGUUUCAUGCUAGAGAAAUUUGUGUAAAUAUGAUCAUAAAUUGAUGAGCUUUGAAGAGAAUGGUAUCUGUGUAUGAUUCACUACAUGGUUCUACUGUUGUCCAUGACUGAAAAUAUGUGCGCCAUUUCUCAAACUAUUAAACGAUCGUCUCCGAUAUUAGUAUGCUGUUGAAAGAUGCAGAGAUCUUUUUUUUUAGCAAUGUCGUAAGCAAGACCAUAGAUCUUGAAAGGUCGAGGGUUCUUUGUGGAUAGAUGGAUCACUUAUCCGAUGUUCUUCUUCUUCUCAAAACAGAAUGUGCUACAUAUCAAAUUCAUUUGGGUAUUUUUUGUUUUCAUUAAAAUUAAUUGACAACACAUUUGACUAUUAAUAUAAAAAAUAAAAAUAAAUGACUCUGUCUUGCAAUAAGUCUUGCUCAUUGCUAUAAAAUCAUAUUGUUUUAUAGAGAUGUAGACAGAAGUUACUUAUUAUUUUCAUGAGUUCAGGCUAUGGAUUAUGUAGUCUUUAGUGAUUGUAAAGAGCAUGAAUCACUUAAGGAGUGCUUUCUCUGCCCAACUAUUCUUAGGUGUCUGAGUGACUUAACAUUUAGAUUAAUCUUGGCCACUAAGCUUUACUAUAAGCAUGUAGUGACACAGUUCUUUUUUUUCUCUCAAAACUUUUAAAUGGGCAUUUUACCUACUUUUUCUGUGUGUGAAACAAGAUUAAAACAUUUGAAUGCAACAUCAUUCAGUGUAUCACUUGGUAAUGGAAGAACCUCCAAUGACUGGCGCGAUAGCUGUCUAUUGUUCUGUUUUUAAGUGAAGUAUUCGACUAUAACAUGUUUGCAAAGAGUUUUAAAUAGUCGACCUAUACGUAAGGCCAUGUCAAUAGCUUUGUCAUUGCUAUUGAAAUAUGCAAACAUGACGACAACGUAUUGUGUAAUUUGAAUAUAAUUUCUAUGGGGUAAGGAGUGGAAUUGCCCUAGAAGUUGAGCAGGAUAGGAGUUCCAACAACAUAAGAGAAUUUAUUUCAACAAAGUACUUUCACCCAAUAUAAACACCUUUUAAGUCCACUCCAAUUGGAAAUUAAUGCAAUAAAUAUUGAUUUGCCUUUUAAUAAUUUUUGAAAUAUUAUAUUUAAGUUUUAUUUUAUUGAAAGUUUUCUUAUCAAUGUUGUUAUGACAUACUUUUUUGGUUUGUGAGGUUUUAGUUUUGGUUAUAGUUUGAGGAGUCCUUUUUUUUUUAAGUGUGUGAUGUUAUUCAACCCAAAGGGAAAACCAAAAUUGUUAUCAAUUUUUUUAGCCAGUAGAAUUUUAUUUUGUAAUUGAUAUCUAUUUUCUCAAAUAAUAUAUAUUCAAGGUCUAAAAAAUAAACGGUCAAACUAAUGAUUGGUGUGAUAUAUAGUACCUCGGUUCUGAAAUUUGAUAGGAAUGUUUGAAGUCAGCAAGGAGAUUAUUAUAAAGUAUUAUAGGACAUAUGGAGUACAUAUGAACCACCCUGUAUAUUUGCUGUUAUAUUUUUCAUUAUAAAGAUUAUAAUCAUUAAGUAAUAUUCUAUAAUGUAGAUGUUUAUGUUAAUAUCAGAUAGAAAUAUAUUAUUAUUAUUAUUAAUAUUAUUUAACUGAGAGAAUAAACUAUAUUUAUUCCAGGAUACAUGUAUUCUGUAAACGUAA